AUGGGACGAAACGGUCAAGACGUGAUCGUAGGCAUUAAGGACCGCGCCUGGGGUGGUUUCAACUGCCAGCCAGACCCGGGAAACGGAAGCGAUGGAGAUACGGGCCCUGGCGAUCAUAGUAAUGAUGGUACAGUAUAUGCCAUAAACGGAACAGUGGAACAGACAUGGCAAUUCGCACUUUGCACUUCCACGCCGAGUAGCCCCAAAAGUAGUGCUUGUGCUGCGGGCCCUGCAGAGAAGCCCUUAGCCCAUCUCGUCGGAACCUUCACUGCGUCUCAAUUGCAUUGGGAUUGGCACUGGCAGUGUCACUGUCACACAGUGGAUACCGGUGGUCUGCAGCCUGGGAGACCCCAAAUGCAUCGUGCGCAGGCCAAAGCAAAGAAUGAAUCGCAGUUUCGGGACGAGGUACUUCGUGCUGUACGAGGUACUUUGCAAGGUUCAAGGGAGAGGAGACCGGAGUACCAAGUACGUCAGGAGUCUGCAGCCUGGCCCUCCGCAGACGCCACGCAUGAAGUUGCUUCUCCUGCGCCUCACCUGCGCAUAAUCGCACUGGACCAAAGUCGCGAAGCUCAGGCUGGGGCAAUCACCGAGCCUUCAUACUACGAAGUCUCCGCAAGAACAUCAACAGCCAUCCUCCUUGUCAUGGCCGCAACGCUUUCUCAGGGCCCAGGGGCCACAGAGCUAUCAUCCCAGAUCCUAGAGCAUAAAGCUCCCGAAUACACCUUCGCGUUUACGCCCUUCCUCUUCCAAACCUACCGUCACGGCCUCUCACCAAAUCGCCCAACAUGCAAAGCCUACCUACAAGGGCACUGUCCCUUGGGAUCAGCAUGCCCAGACAAACACACCUCUGCAAACAGCAACUCUAAUUUCAAUAACUUGGUGUGCAAACAUUGGCUUAGGGGUCUGUGCAAGAAGGGGGAGAGUUGCGAGUUCUUGCACGAGUAUAAUCUGAGGAAGAUGCCGGAGUGCAAUUUCUUUGUGCGGAAUGGAUAUUGCUCUAAUGGAGAUGAAUGUUUAUAUCUCCAUAUUGACCCGUCCUCGAAACUUCCACCCUGCCCCCACUACGAUAAGGGAUUCUGCCCCCUGGGACCCAACUGUUCGAAAAAGCAUAUCCGCAAAAUCAUCUGCGAAUUCUACCUUGCGGGGUUCUGUCCCGAUGGCAAAAAUUGCAAGAAAGCGCAUCCGAGAUGGCCCACCGACCUAGCUAAGCCGACCGUAAGGGUCGAGAGGGAUCCUGAAGAGAUCGCAGAAGAGCAGAGACUGCUAAGGGAAAAUGCGCAGCGCGAGGAGGAACGGGAGAGGGAGAAAUUUGGCGGUGGUGAAGGCGGCGGGAGGGGUAGAGGGCGAUGGCAUCAGGGUGGGUAUGGUGGGGGCCGACCGCGUGGUGGGCAAGGCGACCAGAGACGACAAAGAGGGGGCCGAGGACAGCAUUAA